AUGUUACCUCAAGAAAUCGACGAUAUUGCUGAACUAGAUCCAAUGAUUGAAGACGAUGAAGAGAAUCAAGACUCCUCUUCCGAUUCAACCAUUGAUCUCCAAUUUCAUAAUCGACAAGCAUACGUAUUGGGUCUCGCUGCCAUGAAACGAAUGAAAAAGUCCAACGUUCUCAUUUGUGGAUUGGGAGGUCUCGGAGUUGAAGUGGCCAAGAAUGUGAUAUUGAUUGGUGUUCGAAGUGUUACUUUAUUUGAUACCAAGACUGUUUCAAUGGAAGAUCUCUCUUCUCAAUUCUAUGCCUCCGAGAAGGAUGUAGGAAAGAAUAGAGCACAAGUCUCUCUACCACAAUUGAAAAGUCUCAACGAUUACGUUCCUGUGCAAGCCAUCGGCGAUCAAGGAGAGACACUCACUGAAGAGUUCUUGACUUCUCAUUCGAUCCAUGUGGUCGUGUGUACAGAUACACACAUUCCUCAACUCGUAGAAUUGAAUGAAAUUUGUAGGAAACAAUCGAUCAAGUUCAUUGCAUGUGAGAGUAGAGGUUUGAUCGGAUCUGUAUUUUGUGAUUUUGGAAGUAAAUUUAUGGUCUAUGAUGAAGAUGGAGAAAAUGUAGUGUCAAACAUUGUGACUGAUAUUACGAAUGGAUAUCCAGCCACCGUGACGGUUCAUGAUGGAAAAGCCACUACUGGCCUCUAUGAAGGUGAUUACGUUCAAUUCAAAAAUGUUGAAGGAAUGGUUGAAAUCAAUACGGUUAAAAAACCAAUCAAAGUCUUGUCGUGUGGAAAACAUACGUUCAAGAUUGAUCUUGAUACAACUCUAUUUAGAGAAUACCAAACGGGAUCUGGUGGUUAUGUGACACAAGUUAAAGUUCCAAAACGACAUUCCUACCAAUCGUUGAAGGAACAAUUGCCAACUCCUUCAUGUAUUGAUUUUGAUUUUGCAAAGAUGCAAAGACCACUCCAAAUUCAUGUUGCAAUGUUGGCUCUGAGUGAAUACGAAAAGAGACAUCAUUGUCUUCCAAAACCUUACAAUGUAGCUGACGCAGAAAGAUUAUUUGAAAUUGCAAAGGAAGUGGUUACUGAAAAAUAUCCCUCUCUCACCACACAUUUGAAUGAGAAAAUUGUCAAAGUAUUGGCAUUUACUUGUCGGGGUAAUUUAAAUCCAAUGGCUGCAUUCUUGGGAGGAAUUGUUGCUCAGGAAGUUCAAAAAGCAUGCAGUGGAAAAUUCUCUCCAUUGAAUCAAUAUUUGCAUUUCGAUUCUUUGGAAUGUUUACCUGAAGAUGAAACGUUAUAUCCAACCGAAGACGAAUGUCAACCUAUGGGUACAAGAUAUGAUGGUCAAAUUGCAGUCUUUGGAAAGAAUUUUCAAGUCAAGUUGGGAGAUGUUAAAGAAUUUAUUGUCGGUGCAGGUGCUCUUGGAUGUGAAAUUUUGAAAAACUAUGCCAUGAUGGGAGUUGGAUGUGGACCAAAUGGAAAAGUAUGCGUGACUGAUAUGGAUUCUAUUGAAAAAUCAAAUUUGAGUCGACAAUUUUUGUUUCGAUUCAAGCACAUUGGUCAUCAAAAAUCAACCACCGCGGCCGCUUCAGUUAAAACCAUGAAUCCUUCGUUCAAUGUUGAGGCCUUGCAAGAAAAAGUGGCACCAGAAACAGAAGACACUUUUCAUGAUAAUUUUUGGGAAGAGCUGACAGGUGUGACCAAUGCUUUGGAUAAUAUUCAAGCACGUCUUUAUGUAGACUCCAAAUGCAUCUUUUAUGGAAAGCAUCUCAUUGAAUCAGGAACUCUUGGUACUAAGGGAAAUACUCAAAUUGUCAUUCCAUUCAAAACAGAAAAUUAUGGAGCAACAAGAGAUCCAGAAACUCCAGGAAUUCCACUCUGCACAUUAAAGAAUUUCCCUAACGCUAUUGAACAUACCAUUCAAUGGGCAAGAGAUGAAUUUGAAGGACUAUUUAACAAGACUCCAAGUGACGUGAAUGCCUAUGUCACCAAGUCCCAUUACAUUAAGGAUCUCGAUACUCAAUUUGCGAAAAAGAUGGUUUUGGAAAAUGUCUAUGAAUCUCUAGUGACACACAAACCCAUCUCAUUCGAAGAUUGUAUUGCAUGGGCAAGACUUAAAUUCGAUCAAUUGUUCAACCACAAGAUUCAACAAUUAAUGUACAAUUUCCCUAUUGACCAUGUGACCUCGAGUGGAACACCAUUUUGGGGAGGAGCUAGAAGACCUCCUCUUCCAUUACAAUUCGAUCCUAAUGAUUCACUUCAUUUAGAUUUUAUUGUCUCUGCUGCAAAUUUAAGAGCCCAUGUUUUUGGAUUGACUGGACAUGGAAAGGAGGACUAUGAUUUCAAAUCUGUAUUAUCCAACAUUUCCAUUCCUGAAUUCCGACCAAAGAGUGGCUUGAAAAUUCAAAGUGAUGAAAAAGAAAACAAAGAACCUGAACAAGAAUUUUCGGAUGACGACGAAAAAGAAAUGCACCAUCUCCAAUCAAGUGUUCCAAAACCAAGUGAAGUUGUAGGAUUUCACAUGAAUGUCAUUGAAUUUGAAAAGGAUGACGACACCAACUAUCAUGUUGACUUUAUCACAGCAACAAGCAAUUUACGUGCAAGAAAUUACAAAAUUCCUGAAGCAGACAAGCAUACCACCAAAGGAAUUGCUGGAAAUAUUAUUCCUGCCAUGGUGACCACGACUGCACUUGUCACUGGUCUUGCAGGUUUUGAAUUUUACAAGCUUAUCCAAGGAUUCGACAAGAUUUCAUGCUACAAGAAUGCUUUUGUGAAUAUUGCCCUGCCUUUCAUUACCCUUACAGAGCCAACAGCACCUCAAACAGUUCCAUACAUGAACGAAAAAACUUUUUCAAUUUGGGAUCACAUUGUCGUGGAUGAAAAGAGAGACGUCACAGUAGAAGAAUUAAUCGAAAUUUAUAGGACCAGAUUUGGACUUGAAGUCGCCAUGAUCUCAUCAGGGAAAUCAUUGAUUUACAAUGCAUAUGGAGAUGCUCGAGUCAAUCAAGAAAAAUUGAAAACUCCUGUGAGUAAGCUCUUUGAAAUGAUCACCAAGACCUCUCUCUCUUCAAAACGAAAAUACUUGACCAUGGAAGUCGCUUGUGACAAUUGUGACGAUGUUCCUACUUUGAAGUACAAAUUCAUACCUUAA